AUGGCAGCGUCCUCCUACGGGUUAUCUCUGUUGAAGGUCUCAGACGGUUUGCUGGGUUCUGCGCAAAGUCUGCGGUCAGCCUUGGCCGAUGUGCUGAUGGCGAUACAGCUGGAGACGACGAACAGCUCCUUGGUCCAGGAUUUUCAGUGCACGUCAACACUGUUGGACUCUGGACUGGAGUUGUCAGACGUUAAGCUUGAUCAGAUAGGAAGAGUCGCAUCUGUGCUCAAUACCAGUAUGGUUCCAACACUUGUAGCAGCAGCAGAGCUGGUCAACGCCACAAUGGCUCCAGCACCCUGCGGAGCCACGCCGUCAGCAAAGGUUGUGAUGGGUAUCCAAGAUUUGCUGGCAGAAAUUAACAGUACAGUGACAGCGUGCGAGAAUGCCGUGAUGGCGUUACCAGCGACCCGACUGGCUCUGGGCGUCAGCGAUCUCCGGGUCAGAGAGUUGCAGGCAGCCCAGUCCGCCAUGAACCUGUCCCGCUGGAUCUCCGCCCUCGAUAUGAUGUCCGCGAGCGUGCAGACCCUGGACGCCGCGGCGAAUAGCCUCCUGUACAAUCGUCUUGGUGCCGCGAUGCAGGCGUUUGUCGAAGCCGCGCAGGCUACAGUAGACUCAGUCAACGUUCUUGAACUUUCCUUGGAUGCACUUGAUAACGUAUACCUGACCGGCCAGGCACUGCCCCAGGAUCAGCAGCUAACCGCAACGGGUCGGUCAUGCACACUGUCGUUAUUGCAGCAGCUAACCAGCUAUGAUUCUUCCAUUUUUCGUUUCAACACUACCUUGGAGCGUAGCGCUAUUGACACAUUCACCACCAUGGCAAACGCUAUAGAGCUACUGUAUCGUGUCGACCCCGCAACCACAGCGGCGACAACAGCUGCGAUGGCGGGGCGGGGGACUAGCGCUGGCAAUGGUACGAUUGGACUACCGUCACGUCUGGCCGCCGUACCGCGGUGGGCGACGCACCUGCUCAGUCCUUUUGAGACCAUGAACGGCACUGAAUGGAAGGCGCUGUGCGGCUAUGUACAGACGAUGUUGACAUAUGAGGACAGAAACGUCAGCAAGCUGCCUGACAUUCAGCCGAUCCUGGUGCACCUGUCGAAUCUGCGCGGAGCUCUGGCGGCGCUACAGCAGCCCGCCGACGGCGUGCAGGCCACGCUGUCGGCCUACGUCAGCUUGCCAUCGGAUAUCUUGUACGGCUCCCUGCGCACAGCCGUCAAUGUUGCCAAGCCCGCCUUCAGUAACGCUAGCGCCAUGGCUGGAUUAAGCUUGUCGGGUGACUCCGUCUGGUUGAGAGGCAUUGCUAACAAUACGGCUUUUGCAGCUGAUUUCACUCCGGACGGCACUGACGCCACCCUUGGGAUGUCUAUGAAUGACCGUCUGUUAUCCAUAAUGGGCAACAUGUCUGAUCUCACACAGUGGCUUACCGACAAAGGUGUUGGUCUGGGAGCCCUGAACGAUGUUAUGGCAGGCCUGGAGUUUGUCCUAACAACCCUCAACAAGGCGGAGACGAUCCUGUUGUCGUCCGGAUAUAGUAAUGGCAGCACAAUGCCGCAGCCGUCGCUGUCACCGCCCAGUAGUAUCCUUUACUCGUCCCCAAUGCCAGGGCCGCAGCCGUCAGCCUUCCUGCAGCCACUCCAGCAGUCUAUGCAGCUGGUUGCCGACAUUGUGUCAAAUGGCGUCGCUGGCGUCAAUGACCUGCUUGAUAAUGCACUGGGCAAGUCGAUGCCCGAUAUGCCGCCGCUGCCUCUGCAGCCGCCGUCAGCCCCACCGUUAACAGGACGCCGUCGUCGGCUACACCAAGUGUCCACUGCUGGUCCCAACGCAACAGAACUCCUUAGACAGGAACUCGUACGGCGUCUGGACGGCGCUUUUGCGGCGCUGCACAGUGAUACCGUUCUGCGUUACUCCAACCUUUUUUACUCUACCGCCGUCACAGUGUACAGCCUUCUCAUCGCAACAUGCCUGCUGCUGGGCCUGGCGCUUUAUUUCAACUUUCCAGCGGGAAUUGCGGUUGGCCUGGGGAUACAUGUAGUGCUGUUGGGGUCAGUGCUAGCAGGCGCCUGGGCGGCAGCAGCUGGCAUGGUAAUAUCGCAUGAUGCGUGUGCCAACAUCGACUCGCUCGUAUUGGACGCGGUCUCGCCCUCAUCAUCGCUGUUUCCGCUGGCCCGUUAUUACCUUCAGGGUGUUAGCACUUUGACAUCGGUGCUCCGGACCACUGGCCUGGGUGAUACGGUGCGCCUGGCCGCAGCUGCCAACCUCCUUCACACGGAAAUCCUCGAGCCGUUGCUACUGGGCCCCACUGACAUCGGCUCAGCUGUGAACUCCUCCACACCCUGGCCCACCAGGUUUGGCACUGUGCAGUACGCGCUAGGUAGUAUGCUGGUUGGUCUCAGCGGCGUGGCGGCCAACAUCCAUGCGCAGCUUGCUGAGUUGGUGGCAAUGAGCAGCCCGUCUGUCGCAAUUGCGCAUUACCGUGCUGUCACGUCGUGGGUAUGCUGUGGCGUGGGCACCAAGCUGCUGGCGGUAUGGAUUUGUGCUACGGGCUGUGGCCUUCUGGCAUGGCUGGCGGGGCUUAGCACGCUACUGAUUCUUAAGAACUUGGAGGACAUGCCAGUUGGCAACUCCUGCGGCUGCACGUGCUACAACCCGAAGGACUUUCCAGAGCCAGGGCGCUGGCGCCGUAAGAGUGGAGGUGAUGUUUUAAGCAUGUUAGGCCUUGAGGGUGGUACCCGAAACCCUGCUCCACCCUUCCUACCCUUCCCUCCUCCAUUACGUUGGUUCUCGGACGAAAAAGCUCUGGUCCAGAAACAAGAAGUCCUCUCGUCCGAUGGCGGCGCCAGUGCCACUGGCACAGCUUGUGUUGGUUCGACUGCACGAUGUGACUUGUCUGAUGGCCCGCACGGCUCCGGCAAGGCCAGACAACCGCCAGAGACAGAAUCGGCGGGUCCGGUGCACCAAGGCCCCUUGCAGUCGGCUCCCGCCUCCGGCCCGGCUCCAAAGUAA